CAAACACCACAAGUUUAAUCUGAUAUUUGUUAGAGGAAAGGACAUAUAAGAAAGUUGUUCGUCUCCGGCUGCCAUGUGAUCUCUUAGCCGAACCCAGGCAGAAUGUCAACCGUGAUAUGUAACCCGUUUCCCGGUAAGAGACACCCCCCUUCCACGGUGUCGUCCAACUGAGCUACAACACGUCGACUUUCUUAUGCAGCUGGGGUUCCCCCUUCUCUUUAAAGUUGGUCAGACUGUCUCCAGCUGGAGUUUUCUACUGAAAAAGUGAGACUCGGCGGGGGGCAACAUGCGCUCCUUAGCGGGACUGGCUGCCAUUAUGGUGGCGGCAACUGUCUACCUCUACCUGCUGUCGACUCAUCUUCCCCCGGGACCCAAGCACGUCGAGCCGGGCGCCGAGGGGGAGGACGGGGGAGUCCAGGAGUACAGGUUGAAGUUCCCUUCUGACCUGGAUGAGCUGCGAGAGCUCGCUGAGAUGCUCAAAUUUUACAAAAGAGAGCAUCAUGGCUACGUGCUGCUGCUGUUCUGCAGUGCCUACCUCUACAAACAGUCCUUCGCCAUCCCUGGCUCCUCCUUCCUGAACAUGUUGGCUGGUGCAACAUUUGGCCCUUGGGAGGGUUUGGUGUUGGCCUGCAUGCUCAGCACUUCAGGCUCCACACUCUGCUUCCUGCUCUCCUCGGCUUUUGGGAAGCAGCACGUGGUUCAAGUCUUCCCUGAGAAGGUGGCCCUGCUGCAGAGGAAGGUAGAGGAAAAUCGUAGCAGUUUGUUCUUCUUCCUGCUUUUCCUUCGUUUCUUCCCUAUGACACCUAACUGGUUCCUUAACAUCACUUGUCCUGUCCUCAACAUCCCCAUGCCUAUUUUCUUCUUCUCUGUGUUGAUAGGUUUGAUCCCCUACAACUUCAUCUGUGUCCGUACGGGCUCCAUGCUCUCUGAGAUCUCCUCUCUGGAUGAUAUCUUCUCCUGGGGGACACUGGCCCAGCUCCUGGCCAUCGCCCUCAUGGCUCUCCUACCCGGAGCGCUGAUCAAACACUUCAGCAAAGCUCACCUCAAGGUGGACGGCAUAGACAGUAAUGGACCCAGGCAGGAUGAUGUCAAGCGGGACCGGAAAAGACAAUGAUUGUGGCAUGAUAGAGGAGUCAUGUGGUUUGGGCUCGUCCAGUGGUAGACAUGUGGCCAUUUGUCCACUACAGCCUCUUGAGGGAUGAAGUAUAAGUAUGAUCUGUUCUGAACGUUUGUAAGUGUGUUAAGGCAACAUAACACCAACCUUAGAGAGUCUAUGUUUCUCACUCCGAACGUUAUCACAGAGGUACAGAGUUUCAGGGAGAUCUUCUGAGAGGGCCCUAAAGACCCUUGGAUUUACAAUGAAAUAAGGUCUUAACAUUUGAAGCUGAAUGGAUUCUCUACAAAAUGCUCGGUAGUUGAAAUUCUGAAGGCAAUACUGUAAUAAUAAAUGGUGUUAAAUCACCUUGGUCAUCUUGAAAUGACGUUUUAGAGGUGCUAGCGCUGAGAAAGGACCCUUAAACAUGAUUAUUCUGUUAAUUUAUUUUUUAAUCUUCAAGCCUAAUUGUAACUUUCAAACAGUGAUUUCCAUAUUGGGGAAAUGUAAUACUGUUUUUUACAGACAUGAUCGC